AUGAAGAUGAACCAUUCGUGGAAAGUUUUCGUCGAUCCCAAAUUGAUUCACGAUGCCAUCUACGGAUGUGAGUUCGACCUGUGGCCCGGACCGAGGAUCCAUCCGGAUGACUUGUUCCCGUACGUGUAUUGGAUAAUGUUCAGUGUAUUCGCCACCAAUAUAGUGAAUAUAACUUUUUCAACGGCCGCCUGUGUAACGUCGGCGAUAUCGUUCUACCCGCCCAUGUUGCUGGCGAUCGACUUCACGCAGAACAUCACGGUGCGGCAUAUUUGUAUAAUAGUGAGUUUGCUGAGCCUGUUCGGAGUGCUGGGGUUUUUCUUGUCGAUGCGGAGCCAUCGGAAGGCGUGGCGUAACCAUUUGCAGCGGCGGAAGGCGCGGAGUAUGGAUACGCAGAGCACCACCUGUAGAAAAUGUAGUCGACGACAUCACACUCUGUUGCACUUCACAAACCCUAACAAGACCACAUCAGUGCCUGAAAACGAUACAGCAACACCCAGUACACCUGAAACAAGCCAAACCACAUCAACCGUAGUUUACAAGGCUGAGGUUGACAGCGACAGUGAAGAAGUUAUUUUGGCAACCGCGCGAAUUGCAGCUAAGGCAAGGAACGGCGACACGAUAGUCUUGAGAGCACUGAUUGAUCCGUGCUCGCAGUCCAACUUUGUUACUGAAGCGACAGCUCAACUGCUUAAUCUCGAGCGCACUUCAGUCAACGGAAAAAUCACUGGCAUAUCUCCUGUACCAAUGACAACCAAAUCACAAGUUGAAUUGAACUUUCAUGCCAUUAGAAAUCCAUCACACAUAAUUACAGCUAAGGCGUACGUCCUUAGACGAAUAAAUUCGAGAUUACCAUCACAAGAGCUCCCAUCUGAUACCUGGCCUUCUUCUGAAAUUUCAGACCUUGCGGAUCCACACUUUCACAAGCCAGGAUCUGUCGACGUGCUCUUAGGUGCCGUUGUAUACGCACAUAUUAUUCUUGGUGGAGUAGUAAAACAUAAUGAGUCUCUGGUCGCUUUGAACUCACGAUUGGGCUGGCUGGUAUGCGGCGAGGUUGCGCCGUCGGGCCAUCAGUCACACAACGUUAUUGUUAUGCAUACACAAGUCGAAGUUGAUCAGUUACUACGUCAGUUUUGGGAGAUCGAUGAAUAUUCACCAAACGCGAAGCCUCUGUCACAGCCUGAGAUGCAGUGUGAAGAGCAUUUUAAGAAAACUCACACUCGAAACACUGACGGUCGAUACGAGGUUCGCCUACCCUUCAAGGACGAAGACGCUCCAAAUUUAGGCAACUCCAGACAACUUGCUUUAAAGCGCUUACAUCAGAUGGAAAAUAAGUUUAAGCGCCGACCCGAGUUUCACGAAGAAUACUGCAAGUUCAUGAACCAAUAUGAGUCACUCGGUCACAUGGAGGUCGUCCCUGAGACAGAAAAGAAGAAUAAAGCUUAUUACCUACCACAUCAUGCUGUUCUUCGUGCCUCGAGCCUCACCACAAAACUGCGCGUAGUUUUUGACGGAAGUGCUAAACCUGCAGAUGGAAACUCACUUAACGAUGAGCUACUCAUCGGCCCACCGCUGCAACAAGAUAUACGAGAUUUAGUAACACGGUGGAGACAACAUAAGUACUGUCUAGUAGCCGAUAUACAACAGAUGUACCGACAGAUACUUAUCUCAAAACAAGACACUGAUUACCAGAGAAUCUUGUGGCGUGAGUCAUCGGAAGAGCCGAUUAGAGAAUAUCGGUUACUUACCGUUACAUAUGGCAGUUCUUGUGCUCCAUAUCUUGCCAUAAGGACACUUCAUCAACUUGCAGAGGAUGAACGUGGAGAUUUUCCUGAAGCUGAACUUCUCAAAACUGAUCUCUAUAUGGACGAUUUAAUGACGGGCUCAUCUACCGAAGAAGACACUCAACGGCUUCAAUGUCGCUUAACUGAACUAUUUAAACGUGGUGGUUUUCUUCUACAUAAGUGGUCGUCUAAUAGUGAAAAAGUUUUAAGCGAGAUUCCCGAUUCGCAAAAAGCAUUACAAAGUUCAGUGAAUAUUAAAAUGGAUGAUUCGGUGAAAGCUCUAGGCAUAGCUUGGAAACCACAAAGUGACAUAUUUGAACUGGUAGUUAACUUACCUCAUGACAACGACGUUGUCACAAAACGAAGUGUGCUAUCUGCGAUAGCAAAAACGUUUGACCCUCUGGGUUGGCUAGCACCUUGCGUGGUUGUAUUAAAAAUGUUUAUGCAGAAGUUGUGGCUGGCCGGCCUAGACUGGGACUCUGAACUUCCCGAAGACCUGAAAACUGAAUGGCAGACUUACCUGACUAACUUCGAACACAUGCAGGCCAUUCAGCUUCCACGUUGGUUAGGGAUUACAAAUAAUGUAAAAAUUGAAUUGCACGGCUUUUCUGACGCCUCUUGCGCCGCCUACGCUGCGGUUAUUUACAUCAGAGUCAUCACGGACAAUGAGAUAAAAGUAAAUGGCUUUUGGGACGAAUUGUGGCGAAGCACCCGGGAGCAGACGGCGUAA